GUUGCUCUGACAACACAAGAAAGAAGGAGAAGAGGGAGAAGAUAAUUCAAAGAUGGAGGAGAAGAAAUCGUCAACAACAGCAACAGCAACAGCAACAGCAACAACGACAAGAACAAGUAGUAGUAGUAGUAGCGUUUACAUGUUUCAUUGUCCUUGCUUCCUUCAUCAACCUUUAAAGGCCAUUCUCAAGUGUUUAGGUCAUGAAAUUUCCCAACAAAACCCAGAUGAUGAUGAUGGUAACAAGGUCAAUGAAGAUUCUACUUCCCCAACAACACUAGAUCCUCCUUCAACAGCAGAAGCUGCUGAUCCUCCAGCAAUAACAAUUCUGGUAAGCAGACCUCCAAGGCGAUCAAUAAGCGGAGGAAGUGGUGGUCAAAUUAACAAUACCCCUCAAACCCUAAACCCUAAUAACUAGUUCACAACUGUUUUUGAGUCAACCUGCUAUCUAUGCAUACAGUACUCCAAAUCUAUGUAUAUCGAUCUAUUUCUCAUGUUGCUGUAAUAGGAGCUUGGGGUUUAUUGUGGGUUCAAACAAUCUCAUGUAUGUAUUAUCAAUUAAGUAGAAGUCUAUGGACUAUGGUGGAUUACAAGUCUACUCAAUCUAGUCAAUGUCAUGUCAUGCUAAGUUGAAAUAAUUUGUUUCCAUCUAUGAUCUAUGUAUGAAAAACGUCUCAAAUCUCCUA